UUGACGUUAAGACUCUUAGGCUCCGAGCUACUUCUCAUAUAUAUAUAUAUAUAUGGUAGAAAGCAUAACGAAUGGCUAAGCAGUAAGCACAUCUCAUCUUUCCAAUGGAUUUUGUGCUAGACCCAGCAAAACUGGUACCUUUGGCCAUCAUCCUGUUUCAUCAUCUCAACUCCCUGGUGCAAUAUGAAGCAGCGUCCACUUGGGGUUAUAACACCGAUCACCAUGCUCUGAUGGAGUUCAAAAACGGGGUGGCGUCAACUGGAGACCAUUUGGCAACCGUACUGAGCUCGUGGAACGACAAAAUUCACUUCUGUGAUUGGCAAGGUAUCACAUGCAACCAGAACAGUCGGCGUCAUCAGCAGCGGGUGACUGCAUUGAGCCUACCAUCACAGAGGUUGACAGGAUCCUUAUCGCCUUAUUUAGGAAACCUCAGCUACCUCCAAGAACUCAACCUUGGAAACAACUUUUUACAAGGAGAGAUCCCGCAGGAACUUGGUAAGCUUAGCCUACUGAGAAUCUUAAAUGUCACCGAUAACCAUUUUGGUGGUCAGAUUCCUUCCAACAUAUCAAACUGCAAGGCGCUCACGCACCUGGAUCUGGGCAACAAUGAGCUCCAAGGGGAAAUACCAAUGGAAAUCACUAAGUUGUCAAAGCUAAAAACACUGCACCUCCUUGUCAAUAAUCUGACUGGUCCAAUCCCACAAUCCAUAGGAAAUCUUUCCUCCCUCACCACUCUGACUAUGGGAAGAAAUACUCUGAGUGGGAGUCUUCCUGCUGGGAUAGGUAUGAUUCCGCAGUUGCAAUUCCUUCAAAUUGCUGAAAACCAACUCCAUGGUGUGAUCCCUCCAUCCAUCUACAACCUCUCCUCUCUUACUUUCAUAGCCCUUGCAACAAACAAACUACAAGGAAGCCUACCCCCAGACAUAGGGCAAUUACUUCCAAAUCUCAGCACGCUCUACCUAGGAGACAACCAGAUUACUGGAUCAAUCCCGGCAUCAAUAACAAACUUGUCAAGCCUGGCUAAUCUUGACUUGGCCUAUAACAACUUUACCGGGCCGGUGCCUACUGACCUGGGCAGGUUGAGCAACCUCGUAUGGUUUAACUUGGAAGGUAAUCAGCUGGGCUUCAGAGACAAAUAUGGCUUGGAUUUCAUCACCUCCUUGAGCAAUUGCACCAGCCUAGAAACUCUUGAUAUAUACAAUAAUAAUUUUGAAAGCCAGCUGCCUAUUUCAGUGGCCAAUCUCUCCACACGGCUAUCCAUGUUAAUCCUCGCCGGAAACAAGAUUCAUGGUCACAUACAUGAAGGUAUAACAAAUCUGGUUAGUCUCACAGUGCUGCGCUUGGAGAAUAAUGAUCUCCAAGGUCCGCUUCCCAUCACUAUUGGCAGGCUUGAAAAUUUGCAGCUUUUGAGUGCCUCCAGCAACAAACUUUCAGGCCAAAUUCCAUCCUCUAUUGGCAACCUGACUCAAUUAAUUGAUCUGCGCCUGGCUGACAACUUAUUGCAGGGUGGGAUUCCCUCCACCCUUGGUAAUUGUAAAAUUUUGCAAUUAUUUGACCUAUCAGAAAACAUGCUAAACGGCACAAUACCUCCACAAGUGAUUGGCAUUCCUUCUCUUGAAAUCUUCUUUGGUGUGUCAGGAAAUUCAAUUACAGGUUCCUUGCCCGCGGAGGUUGGUAAGUUGCAGCAUUUAAGAGAGAUUGACCUCUCUGAAAACAGAAUUUCAGGUGAAAUUCCUGGAGCAUUAGGUGAUUGCCAAAGCCUGGAAUAUCUACACAUGCAAGGAAACAUAUUUCAGGGAGUCAUUCCUAUCUCGCUGAAUAACCUGAAAGCUAUUCAAUACCUUGAUCUCUCCAGGAAUAAAUUAUCAGGACGAAUUCCAGAAUAUUUAGGGAAACUCCAUUUUCUAGCUUACUUGAACCUAUCCUCCAAUAAUUUGGAAGGUUUAGUGCCACAAAGUGGAGUGUUCGAAAUUGCCAGUGCCAUAUCAAUCCAAGGGAACACCAACCUUUGCGGUGGUGCCGGAUUCCUGCGACUACCUGCAUGUCCCAAUGAAAUUUCAAUAAACAAGAGAAGCAAAAGGUCAAAAUGGGUAAUUGUCCUUGUUGUAUGUGUAUCAUCAGGUGUUACUCUUCUAUCUUGCUUGGGUGUAAUAUUUUAUUGUAGGAAAAGGUCCACAGAAAGGCUUCCCUCUCCCACAGUGGCCAGUUUAUUGGUUGAAUCCUACAUGACAAUUUCAUAUAAAGAGCUCUUUGAUGCAACUGAUGGUUUUUCUGUAGCAAAUAUAGUAGGUGAAGGAAGCUAUGGUACAGUUUAUAAAGGAAUUUUAGGAAACAGAGGAACAAUGAUUGCUGUGAAGGUGCUCAAUCUUCAGCAGCAGCAAGGUGCUGCUAUCAGUUUCCUGAGAGAGUGUGAGGCUCUCCGACACAUCCGACAUCGCAAUCUGAUAAAGAUUUUGACCACUUGCUCAAGUAUUGAUCUCAAUGGUCAAGAAUUCCAAGCUUUGAUUUAUGAGUUUAUGAGUAAUGGAAGUUUAGAAGAGUGGUUACAUCCAGAUAUCACUAGGUUGCAAGAUCGGAAAGUCCUACAAAUUAUUGACAGACUAAACAUAAGCAUUGAUGUAGCUACAGCCUUGGACUAUCUUCAUCAUCAAUGCCAGGCACCUAUAGUUCAUUGUGAUCUCAAGCCAAGCAACAUACUUCUUGAUGAUGACAUGACUGCCCAUGUAAGUGAUUUUGGCUUAGCGAAGAUUCUUCUCAGCAAUGUACAAGAAGCAACAGAAACAAUUGGAGUAAAAGGAUCUAUUGGAUAUGUUCCUCCAGAGUACGGAAUGGGCAGUGGAGUAUCAAUUAAAGGUGAUGUCUACAGCUAUGGAAUACUACUGUUAGAGAUUUUUACAGGGAAGCGACCAACUGACAAUAUGUUCACUGGUGGCUUCACACUCCACAGUAUGGCUGAGAAGGCAUAUCCAGAUCAAUUGCUAGAAAUCAUUGAUCCACAACUUCUUACACAGGGUGAGAAACCAAGUAACAGCAGAAUGCAGGAAUGCUUAGCAUCUGUCAUUGGGAUCAGUCUAUCAUGCACUAAAGAAUCACCAGGGGAACGGAUGGAGAUAAAAUAUGUUGCAAGAAAUAUGCAAGCUAUAAGGGAAGGUUUCUUGAAGGGGAUGGAUUAAUUCUGAGUAAAUAAUAUAUCCAGACAAGUUUGAUAUAGAAGCAAGUUGCUGAAUCAUCUGUCUGUUAUUGAAAUGUGCUGCAAAAUACAUAUGUAAAUCUUGAAUUGUCAUUUUGUAAUCGGGAAUUUCAGCAUUAUAUGUAUUGUCAACAAUUACUUCAUUAUGGAAUGAAUCAUGAAGGCAGAUAGGUUAAUAGAAUCAUAUCAUAUAGACUCUCAUGCAUGAUUAUGGAAAACAUGAAAUCCCAAGUUCCCAGAAUAAGCCGAGGGAGAUAGCCGAGCACACCUGAUCU